AUGCAGUCCAUUUGUCAGCAAGAAGUUGGUUUCUGUCCAUUUGGUCCUUGCUCCCCGAGACUUUCUGAUUCAGACUUGGAAGCUGCAGUGAAGCUAGAAACGCCGGUGUCUUGGCUUGCCAAGCAAAUACUCAUUGUAUUGAUUCUGAUACCGGAGCUCCGGGAUACAGAUGCGUUUGUAAUCAAGGCUAUCAAGGUCAACCAUAUCUUGAUCCAGGCUGUCAAGAUAUCAAUGAAUGUGAAGAUCCCAACAGUAACCUGUGCGAGGGGAUCUAUUUGUAGGUCAUUUGGAGAUGGAAGACUAUCACUAGAACAAUACGUGUUCUCAACGACUUAUUCCGGGAAGCCAUGUCGCACCGAUGAGCAACAGAACAACUCCUACAUGAAGAUGAUGACAAACGUGGUGGGCGGUGGAGGCGCUGCUUAA